UGUGAGUGCAAAGGCUGCUGGGAUUCCCAAACCUUGGCAGGGAGAGCUAAGCGCUAGUCGGGACAAGGCAAACUUCCUUUAUCCUGAAGUAGCCUUAAAGAUCACGGGAGAGUGACCUGCUGUCCUUUUUAUAUCAUGAGCCUUUAGGACAAAAAGGGGCAGUUGCAGAGUUAUCACUAACACAUUAGCAACCUUAAAAUAAAAAACACACACAUAACACUUUUAAGGAUGGUAGAGCUGAAUCCUACACAACCAUCAGAUGGAUCAGACAACUGGCCAGCAAUCACCACCAAUUCCAUCCAGCCCAUCCACAUGCUGCUCCUUCUUGAUUGGGAGCAGGGGUUGGAGUCACACCAUGCCCUCCGGCAGGCAGCGACACACAGCACGCAGAAUGCCAUGGAUAAGGCAAAGCCAGGGCUUGGUGAACUUCAAUAAAAUACAGCAGCCCCGGUGCCGGUCCACAUCCUUCGCUUUCAAACGCCAUCUGGAGCAUAGAGAUCAGGAACCCAGUUCCAAACACUUCCUCUCAGAGGACAAGAUGGCUGCCCGCUUCAACUCUCUUAGCCUGGACAAUGACCAUGUCUACAGCUCCAACGGUUUCCCUCUCUACGAUGAAGAUCCCAAGUGGCAAGAGGCAUAUGCACGCCUGAAAGAACUGCAGCAGAGGCUGCACCAAGAUGGAGCAAGUGAAGAAGUCAGUUCAGAUGAGGAUGAGCACAACAGUGUACUUGUGGAUGGGGAAUUCAUUAUGGCAGAUUGCCCCAUACUGGCACAUCCUUCCUUCCUACAAGAGCCUGUUGGAGGAGUCAGCCUUGUGCCUGAAGAAGUAUUUCUUUCUCUGAAUCCUUGUACAGAAGUGGUCCUUUGGAGCCCUCCUAGUAACUCAGGCUUUCACAGUAUCCGGACAUUGAUGGCUAUCCCAUCUUCCCUCAGCUCUCCUGCACAGCCUCAGCAAGAAGCAGGGGCAAUACAGGAGGAAAUGGAAAUAUGAGCUUUCACCCAUCUUGGUCUAAAGCCAAAACUCUUUUUUUCCGGUUGGCCUGUCAGACUUUCAACAAAUGACAUCAUUAUCCAGCAUCAACACAUUUGAUUGCAAAUGUUUUUACAGCAACAUAGGAACACCCAUAAUUUUUCAACCGACUGCAAUAAUCUGAUCCUCUCCCCUCUACUAGAUGUAAAAAUGUGUGUGGUCGUUUCUGGUGUGUGUGCAUAUUGCUGUUUUCUUUUCCAUGUCUACAGCUCCAACCGUUUCAAUAGGAAAGAUGCCAGGACUUAGGAAAAAGUGCAACUGUGGUGUCUCAGGGUGCUAUGACUUAAAAUAUUAAUAUUGCUUUUUAGAAGCAAUUUCGUAAUGGGCUUUCUGAAGUUCCCCUUUUUAUCUUAUCAGAGAGCUGAUAUUUUAACUUCCAUCCCACCCUACCAAAAAAAAUUGUGUUUGUGUGAAGAUCAACUAACAUUUUCUCUUUACUUGCGGGAGCAGCAUCUUGACCUUUUACUUCCAGAGAGCUGAAAACAAGAUGUUAUUCCAGAGGGUAACAACAGAUGGCAAUAUGACAAAAAAAAAA